AUGUCACAGGAAGGUGAGAGCGAGUCACACGCCUCUAAGGUAGUGGAGCGUGAGAUUGCAGGGGUGGUACCUCAGGCUCCAGUGGUAGUAGACAGAGAAAGAAAGCCACCACUAGAAAAGAUUAGAAAAUACGGUGCGAAAGAAUUUAGAGCUAGCAAGGAUGACACUCCAGAGAUAGCUGAGUAUUGGUUAGAUGGUACUUUGAGAGUCCUAGAGCAGUUACAGUGUACACCAGAGGACCGUUUGAUUUAUGCCAUGUCAUUAUUGAUAGACGAGGCAUACACAUGGUGGAGUACUGUUCAGCAGAGAGUACCAGCAGAGCAGUGUACCUGGCAAUUCUUUUUGGAUGAAUUCAUUUUGGAUGAAUUCAAGAAAAAGUUCAUUACAGAGGCUUACCUUGAUGCUAGAAGGAAGGAAUUCUUAUACCUUAGGCAGAACAGAAUAUCAGUUGCAGAAUUUGAAAGAGAAUUCACCAGACUCAGCAGGUAUGGUGAUCGGAUAGUGUCUACAGAGGCAGAGAGGUGUAAAAAGUUAUAG